AUGGUCGCCAUCAACCUCACUAUCCUCUACCCCAACAACGACGACAUCAAGUUCAACUUUGAGUACUUUGUCGGCACUCACGUCCCCAAGCUCACUGCCGCCCUCAAGGACCUCGGCCUCGUCGGCUGGGAGGUCGUCAAGUACUCCCACGGCGCCGACGGCGGUGUCCCCGCCUACCAGGCCGGUCUGAUCCUCAAGUGGGACGACAAGGAGAAGCUCCAGGCAGCCCGUGAUGGCCCCGUGAAGGCCGAGCUCGUUGCUGAUCUCCCUAACUUCUCCAACCAGAAGCCCACCGUCCUUGCCGGCGGUAUCGUUUCUAGUUCUUAA